AUGUUCUCAGAAAGGAUGGAAUCUUGUCUAGGAAACUCAACUUUGGUUUUAAUGGCAACUUCUGAAUCAUUUUCUUCCUCAGAAUCUGACGAUGACAGUCUCUUCGUGUAUGAUUGCAUCAAUGCAGAGAAGAAGACCUUAGGGAAUAAAGGGCAGGAUGGAAAAGCGACAGAUAAAGGAAGUGAUGACAUCCUAGCUUUUGCCUUCUCCCCAUCAGGAGAUUAUUUUGCCCUGACAGAUGACAGCAAACGUCUGAUUCUGUUCCGUACGAAGCCUUCCUGGGAAUGUGUUAGUGUCAGGUUUCUGAACAGGAGGUGCACUUCCCUGACUAUUACAGCUGCAGAGGAUAAGAUUCUGAUUGCAGACAAGUCUGGUGAUGUCUAUUCUUACUCAAUAACAGAACCCCAAGCAGAGGGAAAACUUCAGCUGGGUCACUUGUCUGUGCUACUGGAUGUGGCACUGAGUCCCGAUGACCGGUAUAUCCUUACUGCAGACAGAGAUGAGAAGAUCAGAGUCAGCUUAACAAAGGCUCCUUAUAACAUUGUAUCCUUCUGUCUAGGACACAAAGAGUUUGUGAGCAGAAUACUUGUAAUACCAGACCAUCCUGAUCUGCUGUUGUCAGCUUCUGGGGACUCAACUCUGAGACUCUGGGAAUACAGAAGUGGGGAAGAAGUAUGCUGCUGUAAUCUAAGCAGCAUCUGUGGGCCUGAGAUGACCAAAACUGACCAGAAAUACCCUGUGUCAAGAAUAACGUACUGCCCUCAAGGUGGUUACAUUGCCGUUCUGUGUGACUGUAUUCCCACAGUCUACAUCUUUCAGCUUGAUGCCAGUGCCCAGCAGCUAUUUUACAGGCAGCAAAUCUCUUUGAAACAUAAAGCAUGGGACAUUGCAUUUGAGGAAACAGGAGAUCUAUGGAUUUUGCAGGAAGAGAGUGAAGCUCCUCUUCAAUUGUACAGACCAUGUGAUGGACAGUGGAAGCCUAUAACUGAUGACAAGGGAUUACUGAAGAUGUCAAAAUAUCUUCAAGACAACUGGACAGUGUUUAAAGGUUUUGUUGGCAAAGAGAGCUACUACAACAGUCUCUACAAGGCUUCAUUUGAUAACAUGGCUGCCUACCUACAGAGGAAAGAGGAAAGAUUACAGCAACAGAAAAAGAAAAAGCAGGAUCUGCAGCAGGGUUCAAAUGGACAAACAAAAAAGAUGAAGACUGAAGAACCAUCCAUAUGA